AUGGGAGAGUAUACAAAAAAAAUACCAAUUUUUAAUGAUUAUGAAACAAAAAAAGAUUUGCUGAAAUUUAUGUGUUUAAAAGAAAAUGAUGAUAAUAAAAAAAAUUUAAAGAAAAACAAUGAUGAUGUUAAGUUUAUAAUAAAAAAAAGAGAAACGAUGAAUGACAUUUUAAACCACCGUCCUGAUUUGAAUACUAGGACACAAAAAGAUAUAUUAUCUGAAAGAAAAGCAAUAUUAAAGGAAAAUAAUCUUGAAAACUAUUACCAACAUGAAAAGCAAUUUCCAUUUUUUGUUAAUAAGAUUGUAACUAAGCCGGAAGUCACAAAAAAUAUAAGGGCAGUACUAAACAACCCAUAUGAACUUGAUCAAACCACUAAAAUUCGAAUUUCUGAAGACAUCAAAACUAAAACUACACUAUUAGAAAGGAGAAAAAAUAUAUUUAUCAAAGAAUUAAGUGGAAAUAAUAUGAAUGAUGAUGAAGAAUAUAUAGAAAAGACAUGGUUUUUAGAUCCUGAAAAAAAUUACUUAGACGCAGUAAAAAAUAAAAACAAGUUGCUAACCCUAAAAAAUUAUGGAUUUGGGCAAGAAACUUCUGAUUAUAUAUUUUCAUAUCCUGACAUAAAAGCAAAAGGAAGAGGGGGAUAUGCUAGUGAAAUAAUUAAAUUAAAUACUAGACAAAAAACGAAUGAAAAAAAAAAAAAAUGGACUGUGGAAAAUAUAAGAGGCUUUCUUACAAAUAAAAAUCCUGGAAUAAGAGAGCCAAAAGGGGUUUUCCUUAUGCAAAACAGGUUGAAAUAUAUUAACAUGACAAGGGAUAGCCAUAAAUUGGACAAUUAUUUAAAAACAAAGCCCAAAAUCGUUUUGAGAUAUAAAGGAUUUCAAAAACAAAUUUAA